AUCCAAUCAACCUUGUGCGAAACAAUCCCAAAUAGGAUUCGAUAUAUUUCUCAGAACAUGCGGAAAAAACAAAAUGGCAGCCGAAAAGCAAGGAACAGAGGGACAAGGCAAAUGGAUGUAUCCUAAGCUUUACUUUAUUGGCGAUUCCAACACACAGCAAGGAUAUUCAUGUGGAGGUUUCCUGGGGAUGCUGGCUAAUGAAUAUAUUAGAAUUUGUGAUGUUGUAGCACGUGGUUUUAGUGGUUAUACAUCUGAUCAUUUAAAUUUAAUGAUUCCUGAACUCCUUCAGAAUGAUAAUCAGCCAAAAGGAACUAUCGAGACAGCCGUGAUACUUCUUGGAUCAAAUGACUCUGUUGAUGAAAAACUUGACAAUCGUCAUGUUCCUAUUAAAAAGUUUGAGCAAAAUAUACAGAAUAUUGUAAAGGCUCUGAAGGAGAAUAAUGUAAAAAACAUUGUUUUGAUGAGUCCACCACCUGUUGACGAUGUUGCAUGGGGGAAAUGGCUAUGGGAUAAAAAAAAUAAACCAUGUGCAAAUUUUAAUUCCAAUCUCCCAAAAUACGUGGAUGUAUGCAAAAGAGUAGCUGACAUGCACAACCUUACCUUUGUGGAUUUAUUUAAUGACAUGUUAACAAAUCAGGAAUGGAGAAGUUUUUUUGUUGAUGGAUUACACUUUUCACAGAAAGGACAUUCAUAUGUGUUUUAUAAGCUGAAAGAAGUUUUAGAUUCAAUCUAUGCAAAUAGAAAAUUUAUAUAUCCUGAUUUUUCAUUGAUUGACCAUCAACAGCCAGAAAAGGAUUUGUUGUAGUGAAUGUGGAAACAUGUGAAACCCUAACAGAUACAAGUAACAGAAGCGGAAAAUUUGCUUGUCGAUGGAUCACACUUUUCACAUAAACGACUUGGAUAUACAAGCUGAAUGAAGUUCUAGAUGCAAUCUAUGCAAAAAACUUUAUAUAUCCAAAUUCUCAUCGAUUGACCAUAGCAGCCCAGAAAUAAAUCUGUUGCAGAAAAUGCAACAACAUUUAAAAGCCACACAGAUUCAGGUAACACGUAAAAUGUUUGCCAAGUGUAACUUUUAUAUAUUUAUCUGUUUUUCAAAAUUGUAAAUUCUACAGAAGUUAAUUAGAAAGAAACUUCAUAUAAACUGUA